AUUAAACGUUUAAACCGCUCCGAUACACUUUAACCGCCAGCCGCGCAUUAAAAGACAGCUUAAGACCCCGGCCGUCUGACCGACCGACCCAGAAAACGGCAAAGAUAGACGGUCACUAAUAAGGAGGAAGUUAAAAUGGGAGCACUCCUCACCGUUUCGCCACUCUAUCUAUCUCUCUGUCUGUACGCGUUCACGAGCGUUUAAUUCGCCAGAUCGAGCGCCGUACUAAACAACGGGAGAGCUGCGCGAGCGCUGGUGCUGAAGUGUGUCCCAGGUGCGCGCGGAGCAGGACGGAUGCCAGCUGUGCGAAUGGGCUCCAAGGAACAACGGCACAGUCGUGUAGACAUUUUCCACCAGGGCUAUGCGGGGCCACUGGAGGCCCCUUCCCGGGCAUCCACGUUCCUAGAGGAGCAGGACUGGACCCUGGCGGCCCUGCGGAGGCAGGCGGUAAAGAUGGCAACCAAGACCCAUUCAGGUGGUGAGAUGCCACUCGAGCAACUGCUGGCACUUUAUGGGUACAACAUGCCUGAUCCUGUCCUGGAACAACAACAGGAGCCGAAUGAGCUUGCAGCCAGUCUGCCUGAAAUAACACUGGACAAGGUUCAGACAGAUAAAGAUCUGCUCUCAGGAGGAGAGGAUGUGGACAACCAUUCCUCUGCUGAUGACUUCACACUCUCCAUCACGUCCCAUGCAUCUGACCUCUUACACCACCUAAGAGGUGAUGACAAAGACACUUCAGUCAGCUGCUCCGAAGACGACUCAGAAAGCACCUCUAUCCCCUCCAGUGAUGGCCGAAAGGACAUCAUGGUGGGCCCCCAGUAUCAGGCUAUAAUUCCUUCUCUCUGUACACACACUUUUUAUGAAAGAGCCUAUGAAAAUGAAGACCAGUUGUUGUGGACUCCAGAUGUGUUGUCCAGUCUGGCGGUAGAGAAGUUUUUGCUUGAAGUCCAGAGAAAAGGGAGUGACAAUGGACCUUCAAACAGUCUGACCACAGGAGAUAUAGUCAAAGACAAUGAGCAGGCUCUUUAUGAACUAGUAAAAUGCAACUUUAAUCCAGAAGAGGCACUAAGAAGAUAUCGCUUUAAUGUCAAGGUUUUCAAUGAAGAGCUUUGUGCCUGGAGUGAGGAGGAGUGUCGUAACUUUGAGCAUGGCUACCGUGCCUAUGGGAAGAACUUCCACCUCAUACAGGGCAACAAGGUCCGCACGCGCUCGGUGGGUGAGUGUGUAGAGUACUACUACAUAUGGAAGAAAUCAGAGCGGCAUGAGUAUUUCACACAGCAAGCCACCAAGCUGGGUCGGAAAAGGUGCAAUCUACCAUCUGGGAACACCGAGGAUGCUGAGCCGGAUGGAGAUACUGGCGAUGUGGAAGGUGCCAAUCAAGGUUUGCCAAGUAGGUCUUCCAUUCAACUCCAGCCUCCAUCGCCACCUGCAGUCAUGGAGCUGGAUAAACAAGGUUCUGAGCGAAACAUUGGGGAGCUGGAACUAUGUGCAGGUACUUGUUCUAGCCCACAGGUGGAGCAGUUGUUCAGACAAUCUUCGCCUCUCCCACAAGCGCUCCAGACGCCAGACAUAGCCUCCCCGUCCACCCAGCUUUACUUCUCCUCGCUCCCCCUUAGCCACUCCAUCCCUUCAUCCCAGCUAGACUCAGGACUCCUGGGAGCAGGUCUUUACCAGCUACAACUGGGGUCUUUUCCUGAAGAUCCUAUACCUACCUGCUCAGAGUACGUUGCCUCACGGAGGCUUCAAAUUGACUCUUCUUUGCCUUCCUCGCCUGUCCCACCCGUCCCAGAUUUUGGGGUACUCGGUAGCCUCUUGUGCCCGCCCUCCUCCAUCUGCUCCGCACCCAUCCAACACAGCAACUCACCCGUUCAGCGAAGGGAAACAUUCCAGAUCUAAGCAAAUGUGACGACUGUCAUUCACCUGGAAUUUGCAGUUGCUCUUCAGGCUACUCCAGAAAAGCCUGACAUAAAGUGAUAAUUCAACCAAAAAUGAAAAUUCUGUCAUCGUCACUCACCCUCAUGUCAUUCCAAAUCUGUUUGAACAGAGGUUUUGUCCAUGCAGUGAAAGUAAAUGGGGUCCAAAACCUAUAAGCUCCAAUAAAACAAAAACAGGUAGCAUAAAAGUAAUCCAAUAGCUACUAAAAGUGCACUACUUUUAUCUAAUGUUCAGAUCC